CACAUACAAGGAAAGAGAUAAUCUCUUUUCACAUUCCUCUGAUUUUGUUCCCCUAUAUAUAUUCAUCAAUAACAAUCUCGAUCUUACAACUUCAAAUCUCCAAACUACAAUCAAUCGUUUCGAAAAUGAAGCUGCUUCAUGCGUCACUGUGUUUGAUCAGUCUUCUCCUGAUCUUGCCUUCUAUCUUCGCUGCUUCUUCUAAAGAUUUCGAUUUCUUCUACUUCGUCCAACAAUGGCCAGGAUCAUACUGUGACACAGAGAAGAGUUGUUGCUUUCCAACUUCGGGCAAACCAGCUGCUGAUUUUGGAAUCCACGGUCUUUGGCCUAAUUACGAAGAUGGAACUUAUCCUUCUAACUGUGACGACACUAAACCAUUUGAUUCAUCAUCGAUAUCGGAUCUGAUUAGCUCGAUGGAGAAGAGCUGGCCUACACUGGCUUGCCCGAGCGGCUCAGGCGAAGAUUUUUGGGAACAUGAAUGGGAGAAGCAUGGUACUUGCUCCGAGUCGGUUAUUGACCAACAUGAGUAUUUCCAAACCGCUCUUAACCUUAAGCAGAAAACCGAUCUUCUUGGAGCUCUAACUAAAGCCGGAAUCAAUCCGGAUGGAAAAUCUUACAGUAUAGAGAGCAUUAGAGACGCAAUUAAAGAGUCAACGGGUUUCACUCCAUGGAUUCAAUGCAACACAGACGGGUCUGGCAAUAGCCAAUUGUACCAGGUCUAUCUUUGUGUUGACCAGUCUGGUUCCGGUUUAAUCGAAUGUCCGGUUUUCCCUCAUGGAAAAUGUGGAGCCGAUCUCGAAUUCCCUACUUUCUAAUACUCUUUUUCUAAUUUCUUAAUCUAUUGAAUCGGAUAUUGGGUUCGUUAUUAUAAAUUUAUAAUUGGUGCUGUAAUAAAAAUCUAUAUAUGGAAUUGGAUUUGAUUGA